UGCACCCUUUAUAAUGUCUUACAAGAUGUAUUAUUUCUGCAAAAGAUUGUAACCUUAUGUAAGCUAUUCCUUUUUAUUUUCUCUCUAUCUUCACACGAGAUAAUCACAAUCUCUCUUUCUCUCUCUACAAAUCAAAACAAAAACCAAAAAUAUUGCAGCAAUAUUGAAGCUCUUCACCUCAUGUUCUCUCUCUAAAAACUACUGAAAGAGAACUGGGAGCUUUUUACUUGACCCUACAUGUUUCUCUCUCUACAAAACCAGCGAGCCUACGAAUUCGUAGACGGAUCGAAGCUAAUUGGGUGAGUUCUAAUGGCGCCUGAAGCUGAGAAGCUCCCAUUUCGAAGCAAAAAGACUGAAUCUUAGAGAGAGAAAAUAACAAAAUGGAAGACAGAGUGGUGGAAAGGCCUGCUGCGGUGGCGAGACCAGUUGCUACAAGGCCAUCUUGCUCUGGUUUCGGGUCUUUCUCUAAGCUUCUUGCUGGUGCCAUUAACGCCUCUCCUCCGAGGUCGUGUGCAGAGGCCACAGUAGCCAUUAGACCAAAAACAGUUAGGUUCAAGCCCCCUUUGAACCAGAUACCAGGUUGGCUACCUUCAUCUCAGGGGGAGAUACCUAUGCCCCAAGCCUCUGGUUCUUCUGUUAAGGUUUCGAAGCCGGAGAGUAGAUCUAGUGUGAUAUACAAGCCCAUGGCCAAGCUUGUUUCAAGGACUACUGCCGCAUUCUUGCCUAAUUUGGGAAACUUCAAAACCAGUCAUCAACAAGCAUUGCGUCAAGCACAAUCCCAACUCCAAGCACAACCUCAAGCACAAACUUUGAACCCACUAAAAGUACAGAUCCAUGCCCAACCCACCUCUCCAUUUCCUCACCAGAGGUCCAUAGUGCCCAUGGAAACUAAUCCACCAAACGAUUUAGUGAGAGAAAGUUCUCAGAGCCAUGAGCACAACCAGAAACCAUCUUAUGAUGGAUAUAACUGGAGAAAAUAUGGGCAAAAGCAGGUGAAGGGGAGCGAGUAUCCAAGGAGCUAUUACAAAUGUACACACCCCAAUUGCCCUGUUAAGAAGAAGGUGGAGAGAUCUUUUAAUGGCCAGAUUGCUGAAAUUGUCUAUAAAGGAGAGCACAAUCACGUGAAACCUCAGCCACCUAAGAGAGCUUCAUCAGGGUUGCCGAUUGAGGCUUCUAUGAUUGAGGGAGCUGCUCGUGAAACCAGUGGUCACUUAUGGGAUUCAAGUGGAGAUAGAACCAAAGGUUUUGAUGCUGGUCUAUUGGAGAAUCAGAAUGACAUGGAUAUAUCGGGGAACCAGGUUUACAAUCAUGGGAAAUCAGCAUUUCCGAAUGAGCCACUGACUGGUGUGGUUGGGAGUCCUGAUAAUUCAUGUGGGAUGAGUGAGGAUUGUGAAGAAGGGACCAGAGGAGAAGACAGGGAUGGUGAAGAACCCAAUAACAAGAGAAGGAAGACAGAGAACAAAGGUAAAGAAGUGAGUGCAACCCUGGGGGGCGAUCAUGACCCUCACGUGGUGGUGAAGACUUCGGAAUCUGAAAUUUUGGAGGAUGGAUUUCGUUGGCGAAAAUAUGGGCAAAAAGUAGUGAAAGGAAAUCCAUACCCUAGAAGUUAUUACAGAUGCACCAGCCUGAGGUGCAAUGUAAGGAAGCAUGUCGAGCGUGCAUCGAAUGACCCACGAGCUUUUAUCUCUACAUAUGAGGGUUUAAGUGGGGGUGGUCAGUCUUGCAAAGUCACUCUUGAACCAUUUUAGUAAGCUCUGGUUGCUCAAAACUCUGCGAGGGCUGGGACCUCCUCUGCAUACUUUUAGUGGCUUAAACGCCCAUAUGGAGUUGAAGGAAUAACAAGUUCCUUGCUUAAACGCCCAUAUGGAGUUGAAGGAAUAACAAGCUCCUUGCAUAUCCAAGGUGCUCUUCUAGCCUUUGUUAAUUCUCAAAAUCACUCAGGAGACUAUGGUUGGUAAUGGCGCGUCACAAGCUGUUCAUGCCAGUCCCAAGCCCGGAUCAAAGAGGAGAGUUGUUUUAGGUUGGGGCAGUCAGCAUAAAACUAUGCUGUAUCUAUUCCUGAUUAGAAUCCUAAUCCUGAACAAAACAUGAUUCGUGUAGCCGACCCCAGAUAGUUGGGGUAAGGCAUGGAUAAUAAUGACGAUGAUAAUCCACGAGAUCAUGGUGGGGUGUCUUUGUGUGUCCAAUGAAUGGUUGGUGGUGAUGGAGAGAGAGUGGAACCUUCCUUUGAGCACAUGUCAUGUUCUUGUAGGUCGCACCAUUUUGUUAUCACUGUGUAUCCAGUGGUCUAGGAUGCAAUUUCACAUAGGUUUUUCUAUGGUCAUGUGGAUCAUAGUAUACAGUUCCUUAAAUGGAUAAAUGGAUAAGUUUAGUUUGUGAAUUUGAGCA